UAAUUAAAAAGAAUUCCUAGUCAUGUGUUUUGUGAAUAAAAAUUUAAUGUUAGUUGUUUAAUAUAAUUUUCUCGAAAUGAAUGGACCUAAUGGAAUUAGAUGUUCCUCUAUGGAAAAUACGAGUGUAGUGCCCUUGCCCGUGGGAGGUUCACCGACUUCAGCAAACAGUUCAGACAAUUACAUGUACGAUGAUUCUUCAAUGUCUGACGGAAGCCUUUACGCUAGUGACCAAGAAAAUUUAUCAACUCCACGAAGAAGAUCAGACUACAGACGGUUGCACAGACGUAGAUCUUCACUGAGAUGUCCCCAGCAACAGAUCCAGCAAAGACAGGCAGCCAACCUGCGCGAACGCCGACGUAUGCAAUCUAUAAACGAUGCCUUCGAAGGCCUACGAGCUCACAUUCCCACCUUACCUUAUGAAAAAAGGCUAUCGAAAGUGGAUACCCUGAAGUUAGCCAUUGGGUAUAUCAGCUUUUUAGGCGAACUGGUACGAGUCGAUCGCUGCUCCUCAGAGACCAUGCUGUCAGGAGUGGCCAACUCUCACAACAAGGAGGAACAAAAGAAAGUUAUUAUAAGAGCUCGCCAAAUAUUUGACGCUACCGGGGUCCCAACCGUCGAAGUGGAUAUGGUAACAGAACUUGGGUUGUUUCGCAUCGGUGUUCCAUCAACUGAUGUUAAGAAAAUAGCUGAAGCCGUACAACUUCGAGAUAAUAAUCCGGCUGAGUACCACGGUAUGGGUGUUCUGAUGGCUGUCAAAAAUAUAAACACCAUUAUAGCACCAGAACUCAUUAAGCAGAACCUUGAGGUUACUAUGCAAAAGGAAAUAGACCAAUUCAUGAUCUCUCUCGACGGCACUGAUACCAGGUCUAGACUUGGUGCCAACGCAAUCAUGGUUGUGUCGUUAGUAGUAGCCAAGGCUGCAGCCGCUAAGAAAGGACUGCCCCUCUACAGACAUAUCUCAGACAUGGGAGGAGUCACCAGCAUCAUAUUGCCGGUACCUCAUUUUACAAUUCUGACAGGAGGCAUAUUAUCCUCUAACGCACUGCCAUUCCAAGAAUACAUAGUAAUGCCUACUGGAGCCUCGUCUUUCGCGGAGGCGAUGCGUAUUGGCACGGAAAUAUAUACGUACGUCAAGAACAUUAUAUUGAGCAAGUACAAAGUCGAUAAUGCGUAUGUAGCUGAUAACGGCGGGUUUUCAAUUCCAUUACAGAGUCACAGAGAUGCCCUUCUUUUCCUUUCUGACGCAAUCAAGCAAUGUGGAUAUGCGGGUAAGGCUGAAAUAGCUCUCAAUGCGGCCGCCUCGGAUUUAUAUAAAGACGGAGCAUAUGACUUAGAAUUUAAAAAUCCUAAUUCAAAUCCGCAAGAAUAUAUGUCGUCUGACAAACUCGCCGAGAUAUAUUUGGAUAACGUGAAAGAAUUUGGGGUAUGUUCCGUUGAAGACGCCUUCGAUAUGGACGACUGGUCUGCGUGGUCCCUGCUUACAACUCGCACUACAGCUCAACUCUUUGGCAAUGAUCUAACACAGACCAACCUAAGACGAUUUGGCCUCGCUAUCGAAAAAAAGGCUGGUAAUACACUUGGUUUGCGAAUAAAUCAAGCAGGUACUUUGACUGAAAUCAUUGAAUGUUUUAAGUUGCUGAAAGCUGCUGGUUUUGGCGUGGUUAUAUGUGACAGAUGGGGAGAUACUAAUGAUUUGUUUGUGGCUGACCUGGUAGUCGGAUUGUCUGCAGGCCAGAUCAAGUGCGGAGCUCCAGUGCGCGGCGAACGUGUUGACAAGUACAACCAAGUUCUCAGAAUCGAAGAAGAGUUGGGAGCGCUGUCUAAAUAUGCUGGUAAAAACUUUCGCGGACAAGCGAAUUGAAUUUGAUAAAUAUUUGUUGUAUUUAUAUUGAUAUUAUUUAUAUACCUAAUAGAAGCUUAAACACA